GUGAGGCCGAGAGCAAAAAUUGCUUCCAGGGUCGUUCAUGAAGGACGUGGGACGGUCCACGCCAGGCGCUAAAGCUUCAAGGGACUCCUUGUGAUGUUUUUGUUGAAUGUGAGUUUGCUCACACUAGGUGCAGUUCAGCCCAAGAGCAACAUUGUUCUCUAAAGGUUCUAUGUCGGGUGCAAGAUGCGUGCUGCCGAGCACCGUUCUACAGGCCAAGCGUAUGCCAGGGAACAAUUAUAGCUGCAUCCCUUUAACACCAAGGUCUAGAUUGGAAAGGCUUCUGAGGGAAAGAGAGCUAAGGAAAUCCUUCAAGUAUACUCAAACAACUGAGGAAGCAAAAGAUGGCAACAAAGAGGGAGAACAAUUUUAUGGUGAUUCAUGCAUAAGUGAGAAUGAAAAUUUGGGUGUUCAUAAUGAGGAAGAGGCCACAGAAACGAAUGCGGAUGCAAGAUUUUUUACAGAUGAGAGACCAAGCAAACAACGUUUGUUGGUGGUAGCUAACAGGUUGCCUGUGUCUGCGGUUAGGGAGGGUGUGGACUCAUAUCACCUUGAAAUCAGUGUAGGCGGGCUAGUCAGUGCACUUCUAGGUGUAAAGGAGUUUGAUACUAGAUGGAUUGGAUGGGCCGGUGUGAAUGUGCCUGAUGAUGUUGGAAAGAAAGCAUUGACUACAGCUUUAGCUGAAAUGCGAUGUAUACCAGUAUUUCUUGAUGAGGAGAUAGUUAAUCAGUACUACAAUGGCUACUGCAACAACAUCUUAUGGCCUCUAUUUCAUUACCUUGGCCUUCCACAAGAAGACCGACUUGCUACCACCCGAACUUUCCAAUCUCAAUUUGAUGCAUAUAAGAAGGCAAACCAAAUGUUUGCUGAUGUAGUAAAUAAGCAUUAUGAGGAAGGAGAUGUUGUUUGGUGCCAUGAUUACCACCUAAUGUUCCUUCCAAAAUGUUUAAAAGAAUACAAUGACCAAAUGAAAGUUGGCUGGUUUCUCCAUACACCCUUUCCUUCCUCAGAAAUACAUAGGACUCUACCAUCCAGAUCAGAGCUGUUGAGAUCUGUACUUGCAGCUGACCUAGUGGGAUUCCAUACCUAUGAUUAUGCAAGGCAUUUUGUAAGUGCUUGUACUCGUAUUCUUGGGCUUGAAGGCACACCAGAAGGAGUAGAAGAUCAAGGGAAGCUGACCCGUGUAGCUGCGUUUCCUAUUGGGAUUGACUCUGAAAGAUUCAUUCAAGCCCUUGAACUCCCUGAAGUCCAGGCUCGCAUGAAAGAACUGAAAGAAAGAUUUGGAGGCCGAAAGGUAAUGUUGGGUGUCGAUCGUCUUGAUAUGAUAAAAGGAAUUCCCCAGAAAAUCUUGGCAUUUGAAAAGUUCCUUGAGGAGAAUUCACACUGGCAUGAUAAAGUAGUCUUGCUGCAAAUUGCUGUACCUACUAGGACAGAUGUUCCUGAAUAUCAAAAGCUUACAAGCCAAGUGCAUGAGAUUGUAGGACGCAUCAAUGGAAGAUUUGGAACACUUACAGCUGUUCCAAUACACCAUCUGGACCGGUCACUUGACUUUCAUGCAUUAUGUGCACUCUACGCUGUAACUGUUAAGGAGUAUGCAUUGUCCUCAUUUACCUUCAUAGCAAAGUUGGUCGCUUCUGCAGGAUGGACCACUGACUUCUCUAGUAAUACACUUCCACUAUCGCUCUUUUCUACCUCAGAAACAAAAUUCAUGGCCUUAAUUGAAGUAACAGCAGGGUCAGAAGCUGAAUUAACAGUCUCCUCAACUGGUGCCAUUUCAGAUGAAGAUGUGUAUAAAUUUUUUGAGCCAGAGCUCCCUUCUGAAUCAUCUCCAGUAGCAAGAGCCAUGCUAUCAAAAUCCAACUCUUACAGGCCAUCAUCUCUGCCAAAAUUUACAUCCAACAAAACAGCAUCUUCUAAGGCAUCUUACAAGAAACAACGUUCGCUGUCAAACAUAGAAAAGAGAGAGAUUGAUCACUGGAAACCAUCAUAUCGUGAUAGAAUAGCAGUGCAUGAAGGUUCCUCAGUGCUUGAUCUAAAAGGUGAUAAUUACUUCUCUUGUGCUGUUGGACGAAAAAGAUCAAGUGCACGCUACCUUCUUAAAAGCUCAGAUGAUGUUGUAAACCUCUUGAGUGACUUGGCAGAACAUUCUUCAUCACCAAAAACAUAAACUCAAUGUCUUAUAGUUAUAUUUUGUUUUUACUUGGUGAAGUGUCUAUUCAUAUAAAUUGAUUCUGCAAUGCCCUAUAUGUCUCAUUGCUAGCCAUAAACUUGACCAAUAUUUGUAUCUAGGAAACAUUACAUUUUCCCUGUGAUUUGAAUGAAUUCACAAAUUGGCAACGGUACUUUUAGCA